UUUUCCCAUUUUUGAAUUGGGUUCUUUGGUCUUUUUAUUGUUGAGAUACUCUCUCCUUCUAGAAGCUUCUAGCCUGUGCAUCCCUUGCUCUCCUGGGCUUUUGCCUUCCCUGGUGUGGAUCAUGCGUCAUUCUCCUUUGCUGGCUCCUCCUCCUUGUUCCAGCCUCUUUCCUUCUCUUGCUUCCUUCCCAUGUUGGGGGAGCACACAUCUGUGGCGUUCCCGUGGCACGCUGUCCCCUGAAGAGACGUAGCUGGUGGCCGUGGGCGCCCCUCACCUUCACCUGCCCUGGCUCUCCUGCCCAAACGUGUCUCCUCCCUGCUGUGCUCCUCCAGAGCUCCUGGGCCUGAGCCUCCAGGCCCUCCUUUGACCGCUGAUUGCCCGCCCUGGCCACGCUUCGUGUGCGACGCUGCCCCUCACUUAGCCUCCUGACCCCUGCCUCCCUGUGCAGCUCGGCUGGAUGGCGCCCCUUCUUCCGCAGACUUGCCUGGGCACCAGAGGCUGGCGGGUGCCUGGGUCUUGCUGGCUGCCUGCCGUGUGUCCUGCCUGAGCCCUUGAGCUCCCCUGAGCCCCUGGGAAUGCAGCAUGGGGCAGGAGUCCAGGCUAGUUUUUUUGUUUUUAGCAUGAUUAUCCAGUUAUUCCCCACUGUUUGUUCAAAGGAUUGUCCUUUCCCUGUUGUGAGUACCUUGGCACCAAGGUAACCAAAAAUUACUUUAUCAUGUAUGUGUGGCUGCAUUUUGGGUUAUUCUGUUUCAUUGGUUUGUACGUCUGUCUUUUUGACAGCACCGUGUUGUCUUAAUCACUAAGUUUUAGAGUAAGUCCUGACAUCCGUCCUGGACGCCUACAGCUUUGUUCAUCUUUUUGUGAAAUUCUUUUGGACACUUCCAGUGCUUUGUAUUUCCAUAUCAAUUUUAGAAUAGCUUGUCAAUUUCUGCUAUUUUCUUAUCCUGCUUUAAUUUUACUUGAGAUUGCAUUGACUCUAUAGACCAACUUAAGGGGAAUUGACCUCUUAACAAUCUUGAGUUUUCCAACCUGUGAAGAUGGUCAGGAUUUCUCUGAUGUAAGUGUUCUUCCAUUUUCUCCGGCAGUUCCUUAUAAGGUUAAUGUGCAGGUUUUGUGUGUAUUUUAUUCAAUUUAUCGUUAAUAAUUUCGUGUUUUUUAAUACUAUUCUACAAAUUAUUAUUGUUUAAAUUUCACUUUGUGGUUGUUGGUUACAAGUGUACAGAAAUACACCUGAUUUUGUGUGUUGCCUUGUGUCCUGGGACUUCAGCCAAACAAGUUCUCUUCUUUGUUCUGGUUUUCCUAGAGUUUUUAUAACAAAUAUGUGUCAAAUUUUAUCAAAUACUUUUUGUAAUUUAUAUAAUUUACAGAGAUGGUUUUCUCCUUUUAAAAUUUAUUUUGUUACUAUGAGCAUUUCAUUCAUUGUUUUUUGAGUGUUAGGUCAACCCUGUGCUCCUGGGAUGGAAUCCUCUUGGUCAUGAUCUAUUAUUCCUUUCAUGGGGGGCCGAGGGGGCGCCCAUCGGUCAGGGCCAGGCAGCCAGGGCCACAAGGAUGUCUGGAGAUCGCCCGUCCCCAUGGUGCUCGUUUUAAUAAAGAACCUCGUAGAGAGCCCCACUCACAGUGUGAAUGGCACACACCAUAAACAGGAGGAGACUGGCAGAAAAUGAAACACGAGGAAGGAGGGCUGCAGCCAUGGUGAGAGCUGCCGUGGAAGGAGGAGUGGGGCUCACCUGCUCACAGCAGAGAAGACAGAAAGCCAGCAUUCACAGGCCGCCUAAGAAGCCAGCAAGCCAGUCACGAGGGAAGGAGAGAGCGAGCGUACAGGCACACGGUGCAGCAGGAGACCAACAAGACCAUCGCGGCCAGCACCAGUGCCCUGAGGCAGAUGUCGGCGCUCCUGCGGGGCUGCUCCCGGCAGGAGUGUGUUCAGCUGGACCGCCUGAAAACUCAGCUCUCGGAUGCCAUUCAGCGCUACGGCGUGGUGCAGAAGAAAAUUGCAGAGAAGUCCAGAGCCCUGCUUCCCACGGCACAGCGGGGUGGCAAACAGCAGGGAGAGGAGAGCACCGCCGAGGCUGGGGAGCAGCACUCUCGGCAGGCUGGUGGAUACGAGUGCUUUUAACCUGAGGUGGGCGUCUUCAGAAGCCCUACAGUUGGAAGCUUCCUCCUGAGACCCAGGACGAGACGCGGGUCUAGCACCGUUCUCUUCCCCACCGCCCUGGAGGGCGUGUGCAGUGCCCUGAGACACGACACAGAAGUGAGAGGCGUAUGGAGGCCUGGGGAGGAAGAAGCCCCAUCAGAGACCGCGUGACUGCAUUACUGGAAGAUGUGGAUGAGUCUGCAGUGAACUUAGAGCUAAUAAGCGGUGGUAACAGGGUCAGUAUACGAGGAAGCACUGUGUGCUAGCAGAAGACAGUGUGCAACGAAACUUAGAAAGUGACCCCGUUUAGGGGUGCCUGGGUGGCUCAGUCGGUUGGGCGACUG